AUGAACAGGUACAAUUGGGCACAAGGAGUCUUAGAUUACAUGCAUUAUGGACUGGACCAAGCCAUAAAAAAUAAAAAGGACAAGACAAAUCAACCAAGUGUCAGUGGUUGCCUUGUGCUAAUCCUGAUAAAAGCUGCUGACAAUGAAAAAGAAGAAGCAACAAAGACUGAUCAUGCAGACCAUGAAGAACAAGAAGAAAAUGAAGAGGAUGAUGACUUUAUUAUCACACUUAAAGAUUGGAAACAGAACUUCAAGUUCCAUGAAAAUGUGGACCAAAGUGCAACCCAGACAAAAACUCAACAAUCGGAGCAAAAUGAAGACAAUGCACAAUUAUUGGGAUGCAAAGCAGAUGAUGAAAUUGAAGAACCACCAGCACAAUCAAUGGAAUGCGAAGCAGAUGAUGAAAUUGAAGAACAAGCAGUUGACCUUAGUGCAGACUCAAUGACGGAGGAGGACACUGUUAAUGUCCAGCAACAGAACCCAGAACUUGACAGCCAGGAAGAGGACUUCGACGCCAUUUUUGUGGACAUAGUGGGGUCAAUCCCAGAGUACUACAAGCAUGAAGUAGUCCCUACCCAUGAGAAAAUCCAACAGCUGAAAGAAGCAGUCGACUAUUGGAUUGAAAAGGCAGAUACUCGAAGGGAUAUGAUGCAGACUGCCAUAGAAUCCUGCAUAAAUAAAAAUUCAUUCAUUCAACAAAUAUGA